UCAUAGCUACAAACAAUCGCAUAACAGAGAGUGUCAUUACAGAACUCCAUAAGAAACUCCGCUCCCCUCUAUACACUACUCGAUAUUAUUAUAUUAAUAAUUUUUUAAUUACUCCAUCCUUUAAAAUAAUAAUUAAUUAAUUAAUUAAUUAUUAUUAAAAAAUAAAAUAAUAAAAAAAAGAAAAAGAAAAUUUGCAUUUCUGACUUGUGCCGGUUUCGAAGAGGCACAUAAAGGCAGGAAGUUUUUUUUAGGGUUGUUGAGAAAGAAGAAGAAGAAGAGAAAAGAGAAAGCUCCGUACACACAGUCAACAAUGGCGUUCUCUUCUCUGCUCAGAUCUACCACCGGAGCUGUUCUGAUUGAAGCUUCUAGACCUGAAAUCUUUGCGCCUCUUGCUUCUUCCAAUCCUUCUAAGGCAUCGAGCAUUUGUUUCAAUCGCAACCCAAACUCUGCAAGAUUUCAAUCAAGUUUAUUUGGCACUGCUGUCCCAAGUGGAUCAUCUGUUUUACAGGUAUGCAAUGUCAAGAGUGUCCAACCCAUUAAAGCAACGGCCACUGAAGUACCACCAACUGUUCAGAAAUUGAAGACCAGUGGGAAGACAAAGGUUGGGAUCAAUGGUUUUGGUCGGAUUGGAAGAUUGGUUUUACGAGUAGCAACAUUCAGGGAUGAUAUUGACGUAGUGGCAGUGAAUGAUCCUUUCAUUGAUGCUAAAUACAUGGCCUACAUGUUCAAAUAUGAUUCUACUCAUGGAUUAUUCAAAGGAAGCAUUAGGGUUGUAGAUGAUUCAACCUUAGAAAUCAAUGGGAAGCAGAUAAAGGUUCUGAGCAAAAGGGACCCUGCUGAGAUUCCUUGGGGUGAUUAUGGAGCUGAGUAUGUCGUUGAAUCUUCCGGUGUUUUCACAACAAUUGACAAGGCUUCAGCACAUAAAAAGGGUGGAGCCAAGAAAGUAGUUAUAUCAGCUCCAUCAGCUGAUGCACCUAUGUUCGUGGUUGGAGUAAAUGAGCAGACAUACAAGCCAAACAUGGACAUUGUUUCCAAUGCAAGCUGUACUACUAACUGUCUUGCUCCUCUAGCUAAGGUGGUUCAUGAGGAAUUUGGUAUUCUUGAAGGUUUAAUGACAACGGUUCAUGCAACUACAGCAACACAGAAGACCGUUGAUGGCCCAUCAAUGAAGGAUUGGAGAGGAGGCCGUGGAGCUGGACAAAAUAUUAUUCCUAGUUCUACUGGUGCAGCAAAGGCUGUUGGUAAGGUUCUCCCAGAACUGAAUGGAAAGCUUACUGGAAUGGCCUUCCGUGUUCCAACUCCUAAUGUCUCAGUGGUAGACUUAACUUGUCGACUUGAGAAGAGUGCUUCUUAUGAAGAUGUCAAGGCAGCCAUUAAGUAUGCAUCAGAAGGACCACUUAAAGGCAUUCUUGGGUACACAGAUGAAGAUGUUGUCUCCAAUGAUUUCGUUGGUGACACAAGGUCAAGUAUUUUCGAUGCCAAGGCUGGAAUAGGGCUUAGCACAUCCUUCAUGAAGCUUGUGUCAUGGUACGAUAACGAAUGGGGAUACAGCAACCGUGUUUUGGACCUUAUUGAGCACAUGGCGUUGGUAGCGGCUACCUACUAAGUAUUGUUGCUGCUGCAACAACAAUUUUUUUUAGAGCUCUUGCUAUGAGUUUGGUUGGAGAGUAGUUAAUACAUUUUGAUAGGGUUUCGGGUUUUUCCUCAUCUCAUUUGGUGCGAUUUAAAGAUUUCGCAUGGUUCAGUUUGAAAAUAAUGAAAAUUCUGAGAUGUAUGGGCUUUGAUAAUCAUUGUCUCAUUGGAGUUGAUGCCAUUAAUAUACAUAUUGAGAAGGGUUUCUUCUGCUUCUCUUGUAUGGCUUUUCUUUCUAGUAACUUUUGACAUGAAUCUUUCAUCUCUUGAUAAAAAUGGUUUCAUUUCCUAUGUUGAUCAA